GAUCGAUCGGGCGACUGAUUACGAGAGUUUUCGAUCUCCUAUCGCCUCCUCUUUCCUUCGUUUUCCUUCCCACCAAAGAAGCAAGGCUACCAUGGCCAGGAGCUCGGCCUCCGCUCCGCCCGGUUGAUCCGCGACGCCGCAGCCUCCCCUGCCGAGCCGUCUUCGCCAGUACAGUACACGGAGCUCGAGCCUCGGAACCUUAGUCCUCUCCCGGCCUCCACAGUCGUCCCCUAGCUCGUCUGCUUCGCCAUCAACCACGCCGGGAGCUCGUGAUUGAUCAUCCACACCGAUCGUAAGGGAAGGAAGGAUGGCCGAUGAUGACCAACGACAGUGGAAGAUCCUACCGAACGUGCAGGAGCUAGCGGCAGCCGGCAGAGAUGAGGUGCCGAGCCGCUACGUGGUCCGCGACCAUGACCGCCCCACCGCCGCCGUCGCCAGCGAAGACGUGACGGACCCCAUCCCUGUCGUCGAUCUCAACCGUCUGUCCGCCGGCUCAGCCGACGAGGCGGCCAAGCUGCGUUCCGCCCUCCAGAACUGGGGCCUCUUCCUGGCCGUUGGGCAAGGGAUCGACCCAGCUCUCCUCGGCGACAUGAUGAACGUGACAAGGGACCUCUUCAAGCUCCCGCUAGAAGAGAAGCAGAAGUACACCAACCUGGUGGGCGGCAAGAAAGAGUACCGACUCGAAAGCUACGGCAGCGACAUGGAUCGGUCCGAAUGGCCGGUCCUAGACUGGCGUGACCGGUUCUACUUCAUCAUGGAAGCGGAAUCCCAGAGGCUUGACGACCUCUGGCCGACGCAGCCCCCUUCCUUCCGGGACGUCCUGCACCGGUACGCCGGGCGGUGCAGGGAGCUCGCCGACGGCGUGCUCCGGGAGGUCGCCAAGGUGGUUGGGCUGCGCGAGGAGAGGUACCUUUCUGACAUGUUGGACGAGAAGGCAGUGACGUACGUCGGGCUCAACCUCUACCCUCGCUGCCCGCGCCCAGAAAAAGUCCUGGGUGUCAGGCCCCACUCGGACGGCACCAUGCUCACCAUCCUCCUCGCCGACACGGCUGGGCUCCAGGUACUACGCGACGGCGAAUGGUACGACGUGCCCGUCGUCCCUGGCGCGCUGGUGGUGAACUUAGGGGAUACGGUGGAGGUGAUGAGCAAUGGUUUGCUGAAGAGCCCGGUUCACAAGGUGGUAGCGAAUGCGGAGAGAGAGCGGGCGUCGGUGGCCGUGUUCUACACGGUGGACCCGGAGAGGGAGGUGGAGCCGGCGCCUGAGCUGGUGAGCGACAAGAGGCCCAGGCUAUACAAGAAGAUGAAGAACAGCUACUACAUGAGGGAGCUGCAGGAUAGUUUGGCACGAGGAGGGCGGGCCAUCGACAGGGUGAAGCUCUGAUCGAAAUUAGCACCUGGCGCCCUCUAUCUGCUCUCCUUAGAAGGAUCUACGAUUGUUGCAGAUGCGCGGCCCCCGUGCCGGAUUCAGUUGUGGUAGUAUUGUAGGCAUGAUCUUGUAUUUAUAGAGACUCCUCGGGGAAGAGUGCUCUACAAAAUAUGAUAGUUUUGGAGUUUU